AUGCUUCCAAAUUCUCUUGAAUCUGAAAUAAGUUGUCUUUUGAAGCUGCAAUCUGAUGUAUCUGAGUAUCUACAAAGCUUCCUGGAAACUCGUAUUUCGGGAAGCAGUGCUUUUCUGAAACAAGGGGAAAGCAGACUCAAGAAAAGCUUUAGGAGGAUCCACCGCAACCAAAUCCAAAAGGAAAAUAUGUCGACCAUCAACAUGAAGAAACACCAAAAGGUGACCAGAAGGGUUACAAAAGAAAUUGAAGCUCAAGAAAAGGAAGCUCGUGAUGAGCAAGUCACAUUGGUCACCCAGAAGACUCUCUUUCCUGCUUGGUCGAUGGAAAGAAUCUUAAAUGAAGCUAUUGAAAACCUAGGUACUCAUUGGCUAGAAUCGACUAUCUCCUUUGAGCUUGAGAACACUUUAGAGUCUCAAAUUGAUUUACCAAUCACUCCGAGGGCAUUCUUGUUCAGGUGUUUUGAAAAGGUUGAGAAAGCGCCGAUUCCGUAUUAUGAUGUCAAUCACAUUCUUUUCACCUUUUAUCUCAAGUACGAAAGCCUCAAUAUGAAACCUAGAGUUCAAAGAAGAUUGUUGUCAUAA